CAGGGGCAUAUGUGAUAAGAUUUUUUGACCAUCUUCUCUCAUAUUUGCUAUCAUUCCAAUAUUCCAUUGCCAUUUUCUCUCUAAGCUUUUUUCUGAAACAAACUAGCUAGCUACUGAAGUGAAGUGAAACAUGGCUGAACUUGUGAUUGGUGCUUUUCUCUCUGCUUCCUUUGAUCUUUUGCUGAAAAAGAUUGCUUCUCCUUAUGUUAAAGACUUCUUCUUCAAUGGAGAAAAUGAAAGGCUUUUCAAGUUGAAAUCAACAUUCAAUUCUCUUGCUGCGGUUCGCUUUGAAGUGGAGAACAAGAGAAUCAAAAACCCUGCUGUGGAGAAGUGGCUGGACGAUCUUCUGGACGCUGUUGAUGAUGCUGAGGACUUCUUUGGUGAUAUUGAAUAUGAUGCUAUGAAACCCAACAAAGUUGAUGAGUCAAAGAAAGAAAAACAAAAGGCAAUUAGUAAGUUACUCUCUUGUUUCUCCAAGCCUUCUCAUUCAAUUGAUCGUGCAAGAAAUGGCAAUAUGGAAGAGAUUCUUAAGAGGUUGGAGUACUUAGCCAAUCAGAUUGGAAACUUGAAUCUUGAAAAGAAUGUUGUCGAGGUGAAACCAUCAGAAAGUUCACGUGUGAAGACUUCUCUACCAGAUGAACCUGAACUUUAUGGUAGAAAGACGGACGAAGAUGCUUUGAUGAAGUUGUUGAUGUCCGACGAAGAUAGUAGUGAGAAGAUAUGUGUCAUUCCCAUAGUGGGAAUGGGUGGAAUUGGGAAAACUACCCUUGCUCAAACUCUUUUCAAUAAUGAACAAGUGAAGAAGAAGUUUGAAUCUAGAGCUUGGGUGUAUGUUUCAGAUAAAUUUGAUUCCACGGCUAUGACAAAAACUCUCCUUCAAGAAUUAGCCCCGGGUGAUGCUAAUGAGAUGAAUUUGAAUUCACUUCAGGUUAAUUUGUCAAAUAAGUUAAUGGGAAAGAAGUUUUUGAUUGUUUUAGACGAUGUUUGGGAAGAUGAUUAUGCUCAGUGGACAGAAGUGAUGAAGCCUUUUAAUGGUGGGGCAAAAGGCAGCAAAAUACUAGUAACAACAAGAAAUGGAAAAGUUGCAGAUACCAUUCGAACUGUUGAUAUACAUCAUCUUAGAGAAUUAUCAAAAGAUGAUUGUUGGGCACUAUUUGUGAAGCACGCUUCUAGUGGCAACUCAAGAAAGUUUAUUGAGAACCCAAAAUUAGAAACUAUUGGCAAACAAAUUUCCAACAAAUGUAAUGGUUUACCUUUAGCUGCAAAAGUUCUAGGAGGCAUCUUGAGAUCAACAUUGGAUGUAUGGAGAUGGGAAAAAAUUGCUAGGAACAAUAUUUGGGAGCUUACACGUGAAAGGAGAGAGAGCCUUCCUGCUGCCUUAGAAGUGAGCUACUACUAUCUUCCUCCACACUUGAAAGGGUGUUUCGCUUUUUGUUCAAUAUUCCCAAAAGGCUAUCAAUUUCAAAGAGAAGAGUUGGUCUUAUUAUGGAUGGCAGAAAAUCUUGUCAUGCACUCCAAGGGGAAUAGAAGAAUGGAAGAAGUUGGCGGUGAGUAUUUUGAUGAUUUAGUAUCUAUGUCAUUUUUUGUAAAAUCUUGGGAUAGGAGAGGUUCAUCUUGUUUUGUGAUACAUGAUCUUCUUGUGGAUUUGGCUAAAAUUGUUUCUGGAAAAUAUAGUUCAUUAUUAGAGCACAAUGAAGACAUUGUUACAUUUGAGAAGAAGACUCGUCACCUCGGAUGUGUUAUGGAACAUUCUUCUGAUAACAAGGUAUCUAGCUAUGAUUUUGAAGCAACAAAUUUGCGAACCUUUUUAACAUUAUUAGGUUCAAGGUAUUGUGAAAUCAAUAUUUCUAAGGAAGUAGUGCAGAAUCUACUAUCUAUGUUGAAAUGUUUGAGAGUUCUAUCUUUCCGUGGUCUUUAUAUAACUCAGCUAUCUAAUUCAAUUGGUGAACUAAAACAUCUUCGCUAUUUAGAUCUUUCUUGCACCAUGAUUGUGACGUUGCCUAACUCUGUAACUGUAUUAUACAAUUUACAAACACUGAAAUUAGAAAAGUGUCACCAACUUGAAGCUCUUCCCAAAGAUAUGAAUCAUCUCAUUAAUUUGAGACAUCUUAUUAUCAGUGGAGAUAGCCUAGUUGAGAUGCCAUGUCAAAUAAGUAAAUUGAGGGAUCUCCAACUAUUGACAACUUUUGUUGUGGGGAAGGAUAGUGGCGCUAAAAUGGAAGAGUUGGCAGAACUUCAAAGUCUACACGGAGAGCUUUCCAUUAAGAAGUUAGAAAAUGUGGUCAAUAUUAAUCAAGUCAAGGUAAUGGAGAAAAAGCAACUUGACAAACUGAGUUUGGCAUGGAGUGGUGUUAAUGAUGUUGUUGUUGAUCCAAAACAUGGAGAGGAUGUGCUUGAAAUACUUUCACCAAACACAUUGUUAAAGCAACUCAGAAUUAGUAAUUACCCAGGCACAAAAUUUCCAAAUUGGGUUGGGAAUGAUUCGUUUAGCAACAUUGCUGAAGUAAGGCUUGAUGGAUGUAAGCAUUGCUCCUAUUUGCCACCCUUUGGGCUACUUCCUUUGCUAAAAGAUCUUUCCAUCUCAAAAUGCAACUCAGUAGUGACGGUGGGUGCUGAGUUUUAUGGGAACAGCUCUGUGAGAAAGCCAUUUUCAUCAUUGGAAACAUUAAGCUUCAGCAACAUGUUAUCAUGGGAGCAAUGGCACUCAAUGCAAACUGAAGAGGCAACAACAUAUGGAAAGCUCAAAACACUUGAUAUCUUUGAUUGUCCUAAGCUCGUCGGAGAUUUGCCUCGCUUCCUUCCUUCAUUAACAUAUAUGAAAAUCCAAGGACACAAGAAGCGUGCCUUGUUAAGUCUGCCAAAAUUACCAUGUGUCACACAAAUGAUUAUUAAGAAUUUGGAGAAUUGGGAGUCAUUGUACGAGGCAAUAAAGCCAAGGAUUCCUUGUUCCACUUCUACUUUCGGUGGAUGUUUGCCUUCUAGUACUCUCACUCCACUCUACCAUUACCCUCCUCUUCAAUACCUUUACUUAAGAAAUUGUGGAUCAUCCUUCAAAUCUCUCGAUAUGGAUUUAUUUCCCAAUCUCAAAACUCUUUAUAUUGCAUCCAGCCACUAUUUUGAAGCUCUCUUAAUGUCCAAUGGGCAAUCUCUUGAGGAACUAACAUCUUUUUUUAUCGAGGAUUGUGGUAGUUUUGUAUCUUUUCCAAAUGGUGGACUUAUUGCACCCAAGUUGAGUGAGUUCCACAUUAGUAAAUGCCCGAAAUUGAGGUGGUUGCCAGAGAAGAUGACUUCCCUCUCGGCUUUAAAGCAUUUCAAUAUCACAGAUUGUCCUUUGAUAGAGCCUUUCCCUGGAGGUGAAGGUGGUCUUCCUGUUAGUUUGUGUGAGCUUGAUAUAUCAUGUGAUGUAUUUUUGAGGAUGAAAUGGAAUAGGCAAACAUUUCCACAUCUUACCUCUCUUCGUAUUGAUGGAAGAGAAGAAGACAUGGAAUCCUUUCCGGAGGAAGGGCUACUGCCUACCACUAUUUCCCAUCUCGAAAUAUGGAGAUUUUCAAAACUUAAAGGCCUGGACAAAAAUGGACUUACACAACUCACCUCCUUGCAAACACUUCAAAUCCAUGAAUGCCUUGAGUUGGAGACAUUGUCAGAAGAAGGAUUUCCAACCUCCCUCACCUCUUUAUGGAUAGAUGACUGUCCUCUGGUGAACAAAAAGUACGACCCGAAAGAGAGUGGGAAUGAGGAGUACUGGAACAAGAUUAGUCACAUACCAAAUGUCACAAUUGAAUAAUGAGCUUGCAUUUACCAUAUCUCAGAAUAUUACUUGACCUGAACUGAACUACCCUGACAGACCUUCAUAUCAGUUCAACCAUGGUUUUCCUCGGACAUAUGUGAGGGUUAUCAAUAAACUUGGGAGGAGGUCAAUCUGUGGAAGAUUUUAUAUAUAGAACAAUGCUAAAUUUAUCAGCUCAUUGGCUGUAAAAAAAUGCUAAAUUAGAGAGAGACAGAGUUUUAGAAAUAUGUAAUAACAGUUAGAGAUCACAAACCAAUAAAUUAGUUUCAUCCCAUAUUGGACAAGAACCAACUCUAGUCCUAAUCAAUCAGAACACAACUCAACCCAACUUCCACCCCUUUUUAUUAUGCAUUUCUAUAAUACAAACACAUUUUAUAAUGCAUAAACAGGUCAGUUUUGAAAAUGCUAUAAAUAAUUCUAUUAGUUCA